AAGCCACGUGGACAAAGCCCUUUUUAAGGUGCCGCAACAUUCAACUAGCUGUCUUCUGCCAUCUGACCUGCUAGAUCUACCAUCACCAGGGACCAAGCACCAUUUGCCAUGGAGAAGAUCCUCGUCCUCCUGCUGAUCACCCUCGCGGUGGCCUGUGCAGCUCCUCCAGACCCCCGCGGAAUCAUCAUCAACCUGGACGAAGGCGAGCUCUGCCUCAACAGCGCCCAGUGCAAGAGUGGCUGCUGUCAACACAACACCGUCCUGGGCCUCGCCCGAUGCACGCAGAAGGCCAGGGAGAACGCCGAGUGCUCUCCUAAGCACAUCCAGGGGGUUUACUACCGAUGUCCCUGUGAGCGGGGCCUGUACUGUGAAGGGGACAGGAGCAUCAUUGGUGCCAUUACCAACACCAACUAUGGCAUCUGCCUUGAUACCAACCGCUCCAAGGAGUGAGGCCGCCCACACGCCCCGGCCCCUAGUCCUGUGCACCAUAGGACACUACGCCAGACCACCUCUCCCUUCCUCCACGGCCUCCCGGGCUGGCCCCCUCCUCUUCCUCCAGCCCCUCUGGGAUCUGAUUGGGCUCUCAGCAAUUAAAGCCCACCUGCAACCCUC